AUGGAUGAAGAUGAAAAUGCUGAGUGGAAGCAUGGCAAAUGGAGAAGGAUUGGGAAGGACAUGCUAAUUUUUACGCCAGAUAAUAUCGAACAUCGAGAGAAAAUUGCCGGAGCAGAUUUGGAUGGUACUCUAAUUGCCACAAAAUCUGGUAAAACUUUUCCUCAAAACGAGUUCGACUGGAAGUUAUCUUAUCCGGUUAUUCCACAAAUUCUUGAACAGUAUCAUUCAGACGGAUUCAAAGUAGUAGUUUUUACUAACCAAAAAGGUAUACAGGUUAGUUUCAGUAAGUUAUUUUAUACUUCACUAUUUUCAUGGAAAGUUCCUGUUGCAGUUUUUAUUUCUUUGGGGACUGUAAUGUACAGAAAGCCCUGCACGGGGAUGUGGGACUACUUGGAAAGCACUGAAAAUGGUGAUAUUAAAAUCGAUCGUUCACAAUCAGUUUAUGUUGGAGACGCUGCUGGAAGAGUUGCUACUAAGGUUGAUAAAAAGAAAGAUUUUUCCGCAGCGGAUCGCUUGUUUGCAUUAAAUCUUGGUGUUCCUUUCUUUACACCCGAACAAUUUUUCCUAAAAAAGCAGAUUGAGGAGCAUUAUAUUUUGCCUGCUUUCAAUCCUGCAGUUUUUAUGGAGACAAAGAAAGAACGAUUUGAACCAGGUAGAGUUUAUUCUUCUGAAGUUAUUGUUUUCGUCGGCCUUCCCGGGUGUGGAAAAACUAAGCUUGCAAAUGAGUUGGCAGAAAAGCACGAUUAUGCAACUGUAAAUCGUGAUUCGAUGAAAACUUGGCAGAAGUGCGUUGAGGCAACUAAAGUUUAUUUGAAGAGAGGAAAAAGCGUCAUAGUAGAUAAUACUAAUUGUGAUAUGAUCUCGAGGAAACGUUAUAUAGAUUUAUCAAAAUCGUUUGGAGUAGACUGCCGUUGUUUUUACUUUGUUUGCGAUAUAGCACAAGCUGUACAUAAUUGUAAGUUUCGAAUUCUCGUUGGCACUGAUCGUGUACAUGAAGAAGUUGGAAUUAUGGUAUUACGGACAAUGAAAUCUAAAAGCCAGGAACCGAGCUUGGAGGAGGGAUUCUCGUCUAUUGUCAAGGUUAAUUUUGUACCUUCUUUUGACAGUGAUGCACAUCGCAAUUUGUAUAGUUUAUACCUUAGUGAUACGUAA